AUGACCUUGGAACAAUCUAUAAUCAUUACUGAUACGUUAACACCUCAUGAUAUAUCUAUCUUGAUUUUAAUCGGGUUUUUUUGUUCUGGGAUUGAACGUUUUGAUCAACGAAUCAUGAUAAAACUUUUGCCCCCUCUCAGUCCACAUGAGGAGCUGCCAGUUCUGUUUGGGUCUCAGCAGCGUGAAAACACCAAAACAAUAGUGCUUCCUUAUUUGCUGGAUCUUAUAUUAUUUUUAAUCGAAAACGAACAAAAAAGUGCAGCAUCAAGACUGAUUUCAACUUUAAAAGCUGUUUCGACAGUGGAUGGAAUAUCAAAGUUAAUUAGGGCCCUUGAGACACACUGUUUGCGAAGCUCUUACAGGGAAUUGCUGAAAUCGUCGGAAAGGAAGACAGUCAAACGUGAACUGACCAGAAGCAGCCUGCUGGGAAGUUUUGUGGAACGAUGUUCCAUCAAAUAUAAAAUCCAGGAUUUUAAUGAGUCAGAAAUGCUGUGGAGGAACCUUAGGAUCUAUGUUAGACGUUUCGAGAAAACUUCUUUAUUUAAAACGAUUGAAUCCCAGCUGCCUGAACUCGACCAUUUUAUGUCAUUCACAUUGAGAGGCGAAGGUGGUAGUGAGACGAUUGAAAGUCUGGAAGAACUACAGAGAAUGGGACUUCCUGAGAGAUACAAUGACCUUUUAUUAAACGAGGAAGACAUAAUAGUGAUGAUCUCAAGUGACCAUCUAAAGACAUUGUUAAAUGAAGAAGUUUGUCUUCUGCUCGAUGGGCACGCGAAUAUUAGAAAUUCCACUGAAAAGAUUAUUAAUUGCAUGUCUUUAGAAGACUGUUCAAAAUUCCCCUCCGUUCACAUUCUAAAAGGAUUGGAGCAACUUAACGAUCAACGAUACGAUAGCUUCUUGACAUUGCUUUACAGAUAUUUCGACUAUAUGCUAGGUCAGCACAGCGAACCCAACUUUCACAUGUCCCUUCUUUCUUUGGCGUCAUUUUAUGCACAUUUUAAUGAUAACGAAGCUGCUGUGAAAACUUUUGAAGAAGCCAUUGCUGUCGCAAGAGAGAAUAAGGACACAAAGACCUUGAAUUUUAUUCUUAUGUGGGUCUUUGAAUUUAUUGUCAAAUUUCCGAGUUUAGCGGUUAAAUUUCAUGUUAGCGCUGAACAGAUAAUUAAUUACCUCAAGUCAUGUCCAAGCGACCAAAGCGCUAGUGUUUUUGAAAUGGCAUAUAAGUUUGAAACUCUCUGGACGAUGCUAAACAGCGAGUCUGUUGUAGGAAUCCUUGAGGCCCUUUUCAAAGCCUCGCUUAUAACACUACAAAACGCAACAAACAAACCUAAGUUAUCACUUCUAGCUAACCAUAACGCUCAAGUGUGGGAGUACUUGGGCUCUCAGUCUCUUCAACAAACUUACAAAAACGUUGCAAAAACCUACUUAAAGAAAUCGAGCGACUUUUCUCAUAAAGCACGCAAACUAUUGAGUUCCAAAGAUUCUGGGAUCAUUCGUCAUGAGCUUCACACUUCAAGAUCGCCUUUGCUGACGUACCACGAGAGGAAGUCUUUGGAAAUUAUGGGCAUAAGUCAUUUAGGAUCGAUUGGAGAAUGUGACGAAGCCAUUCGGCUUGCCAAUGCCAAAUUGCGUGAAUGCAAAUCCGAGUUUCUUGAUGUCAACAACGAACAAAGGUUUGCUCUUGCCAAGUGUCAAAUAAUGAUAAAAUGCGGAAUGGAAAUGAGAUGUCUCCCAAUUUUCACAAAGGUAAUGGAGGAUGUCAUAAUUGCGGGAAAUGCGCACCUCGCGGCGCUUUGCAUUCUUUUGCUUUCAAGAGUAUUGCUGUCUUUGCGAAAAUUCUCUGAGUUGGAGGAACUUCUUAAUAGUACUAUGCACACUGUUUUGAAGUUCACUGAGCCCGGGAUCAAUCGCGCGUUUUUUGACAUUUAUUAUCUCAAUAAAUGUGAAAAAGAAAAUGCAGGAGAAGAUCUAACGAGAGCGUCUAGUUAUCUGGGUGCAUUGAAGGGUUUACGUGAUCAACUUCAAAACAACAACGUCGUUUUGUUUAAUUGA